AUGGGUGACGUCACGCGUCAAUUGACCAUAACCUAAUUGUUUCCCAAUUCACUUCAAAAAGACCCAAAUUUUCCCCGUUUUCCCUUAAUCAUUAAUGAAAAUCUACUAAUUAAUAUUCGCGGUGUACAUUACGAUUAAUCGCAGCCAUGUGGCUGGACGAAAUCGACGAGAUUUUCAAAGGAUUCUUACCGUACUACAUUCUGGUAUUUCUCCCAAUUUUUAUUAUAGUUUCACCAGUUAAUCCUGUGAAUGCCUCUCACGAAUUUCCCAUUUAUCGUAUGCAACAUUUUGAUCUUCACGGGGUGUCCUAUGGAAGCAGAUCCUCGGCAGUAAACUUAGAAGCCAAAUCACUUUCGACAUGGAGCGCCUUUAGGCACUGCGUAAUGACUAGGCUGACGGACUUGACCGUAGAUGCUUUUAGGCAAAUUAGGUCCAAGGCGGGGGCUCUUAUCAUCGAGCUCCCCCCAAACAUUUCAACUAUUUCACAGGAACAAAAACAAAGUAUACAACUGCUUGAGCAUAAAAUGCUUUAUGAACAAGAAAUCAGUAUACCAGUAUACUUUAUAAAUUAUGACCCCAAAAUUGAUGAAAUCAUUUCGGAACUUUCAUCAAGUGGAGAGGCUAAUGAAAAAUCUUCUGCGGCUCAAGCUAUGUAUUCUUCUAUAGCAGCUAAUGGUUAUCAAAUCAUUAUACCGUCAUCAAACUCAAAAACCAACAUAAAAAUACCCACAUUACAUGGCCACUUGUCAGGUUAUAGACCCCAAGGGAAAAUUCCCACCGUAGCAAUCGUUACGCACUAUGACAGUUUUGGGGCAAGCCCGGACUUGUCUUUUGGGGCCGACUCUAACGGUUCGGGAGUAAUAGUGAUGUUGGAGCUGAUCCGUCUAUUUUCUGGACUCUAUAAAGAUCCACAAACCAGAGGGAAAUAUAAUAUUCUGUUUGUCUUAGCUGGUGGUGGAAAAAUUAAUUAUCAAGGUACCAAGAAGUGGUUGGAAGAUCAGCUCGAUUCUUCAGAAGGGUCACUUAUACAGGAUGCAUCCUUUGUACUAUGCUUGGACACUUUAGCAACCUCAGACACAAUUUACAUGCACGUCUCGAAACCGCCCAAAGAGGGCACUCCCUCCUCCAACUUCUACAAAAACCUAAAAUCGAUCGGUGAAACCCACGAGAACGUCACCAUAGAAGGAGUCCACAAAAAAAUCAAUUUAGCCGAAGACCUCUUGGGUUGGGAACACGAGAGAUUCAGUAUCAGACGGUUAUCAGCGUUCACUUUGUCGUCAAUCAAGAGUCACAAGGACCCUUGGAGGUCCACAAUAAUAGACGCCAAAGAUAACGUGGACGUAAAACGUUUACAAAGGAACGCCGAGAUUAUCGUGGACGCUUUGGGGAAGUUCAUUUAUGACACCACCGAUAUAUUCGGUGCAGGUUGGAACGUCAGCGGUGAUGCUGUGGAAUCUUGGAUGGACUACUUAUCCAGCCAACCCAGAUCGCCCCAAUUGUUAACGGCCAAAGAUCAUCCGUUACUUGUGGCCCUACAGGAUGAUUUUAAUAAAUAUUUAAGGGAUGUUAAGGUUACUUAUGCGGUACCUGAUAAACGGGAUCCGGAUUAUCAGUUUUAUAGUAGUACAGGGGGCAUCAUGCAUAUUUAUAGUGUAAAACCGGCCCUGUUCGAUCUCGUUCUCACCAUAGCAAUAGCGAUUUACCUGUCGGCCGUCUAUUUCGUCAUCAACUUCGUUCCCACCUUAUACGAACUAUCCACCAACUUCAUGAGAACCACCACCACCACCACCACCAAAAUUAAAAUCAGAUAAAAUGCCCCGAGAACAAAAAUUCAUUACAGCAAUAUAGUAGAAUAAAACUUUUUAAUUGUUGUUACCAAAGCUUUAGCUCGAUUUUUCAUUUUUCAAGUGGCACUCGUGAAAUUUAUUAACUUCCUAUUAGUGCCACUUAUUUUUAAGUUUAUUAGUGGUUUAUUUGAAACAUUUAUUAGUCCAGUUUUUGUUUUUAUACUGUAUGUAGUUUUGAUUGAAUAAAUAAUAUUAAAGAUUA